UCGAGAAGUUAUUUGGUUAUCAUUGCCUUUUAACAAAGAUCAUUUCUUAUUCAGUAUUUUUUUUUUUGACAUUUGUGCUAAUUGUUUAAACAAAUAAAUAAAUAAAAAAACAAAUCAUGUUCAAAUUUCUUGCCCUUAUUGUGAUCCUUGUUGUUGUUGUUAGUGUAAGUGCAUUUCCGGCAGCAGAAGACGAAGCUAAACCAGCACCAAAUGCAUUGCCUGACAAAGCAAACGAAGCCGAUUUAGAAGCUGGCGAAGGAAGUGACCUCAAGCCAGCGGAAACAUUUGGUUUUGGAUAUUAUCCAAGCUACGGAUAUGGUCGCGGAUAUGGCGGCGGAUAUGGUGGCUGGGGAUACAGUGGCGGUUAUGGACGCUAUAGUGGAUACAGACGCGGAUGGGGAGGCUAUGGUGGAUAUCCUAGCGGUUAUUAUUGGUAGACCAAUUUGCGACACACCCUGUAUUUAAAUGAGAAGACUAAAUAAAAAUAACUUAUAAAUGCCAUAUU